AUGUGGAGUUCGAUUGCGAAUUUGAAGGAGAAUUUGAACAAGAUCGCGCUCGAUGUGCACGACGAUGACGACGACGAAGAAGAAGAUCUCACCAAUUAUGGUUCUACCAACGGAGUUGGUCAUGUCCCUGACUCUGAUCGGAGGAAUUCUAACGGAUUUAGGUACUCCAGGUCCGUAUCGAGGUCUCCGAUGGCCAAUGGAGUCGAAUCGCCUGUUAAUAACGAGAUUGAGAGAUAUAAAGCAGAGAUCAACAAGCUUCAGGAAUCAGAAUCUGAAAUCAAAGCUCUAUCGAAAAAUUAUGCAGCUCUGUUAAAAGAAAAAGAGGAUCAGAUUUCCAGAUUGAACAAUGAGAAUGGCUCAUUGAAGCAAAAUCUGACUUCAACUAAUACCGCUCUUAAAGAGGCUAGAACAGAUCUUUCCAGGGCAUCAAACAAUAAUGCUAUCAUUGUAAUGGGAAACAGUGAUCAUUCACCCAACAGGUCACAAAAAUCCCCAACAAACUGGAAAAGUCGAAACCAUAUGUACAAUGGCAAUGCCUCGAAACAAAACGGGAUAGACAACGAUACUGAGUCACAUAGAAAGGAAAAGGAGUUUGCAGAUAUGCUUGAAGAGAGAACGAGGUCAAUGGCAUCUGCUCAGGCUAGAGAGCUUGAGAAAGAGCGAGAAAAAUUAGAAAAAUUGCAGAUUUCACUACAAGAGGAGCGGAAACAAAAUCAGUCUUUCAAGGAGGAACUCCAGUCUUUGAGGUUAGAUAAGGAAAAAACGAUCAUGGAGAUUAGUAAAGUACGUAGUGAAUUGGAUGCAAAAUUAGCUGAAAUCAAACAACUGCAUAUGAAGCUGAAUGGUCGGGAGCAGCACGCUGCUGGAAUUUCCAUAGAAAAUCUAAAAGAGGUUAACAAAGCUCUGGAGAAGGAAAAUAAUGAGCUUAAGUUGAAACGAAGUGAACUAGAGGCUGCUUUGGAAGCAAGCUGGAGAUCAACAAGUAGCAAACUCUUCCCAGAGGGCACAAAGGAGAAGUCUGAAAGCUUCCUUGGGAAAGAAGAUAUGGAGAAAACUUUACAGAGGCUGGAAAAAGAUUUGGAGGAAGCACGAAGAGAAAAGGAUAAGGCAAGGCAAGAACUGAAGCGGCUCAAACAACAUCUGUUAGAAAAGGAAACUGAGGAGUCUGAGAAAAUGGAUGAAGAUAGUAGAUUGAUUGAAGAACUCCGCCAGACGAAUGAAUAUCAAAGGUCUCAUAUACUGAGUUUAGAAAAAACUCUGAAGCAGGCGAUGGCUAAUCAGGAGGAAUUCAAGUCGAGCAAUGACCAUGAAAUCCGGAAGUCGAAGGGUAUAAUUGAAGACUUAAAUCAAAAGCUUUCAAAUUGUCUGAGAACAAUAGAUUCCAAAAAUGUGGAACUUGUAAAUCUUCAAACUGCUCUUGGCCAGUACUAUGCUGAGAUUGAAGCUAAGGAGCAUUUUGAACGAGAACUUGCAGUGGCUAAAGAAGAGGCGAUAAAACUCUCAGCACAUUUGCAAGAUGUUAACGAGCGGUUAGAGUCAUCAAAGAAAGAUAAGGAGGAAGUCAUAUCUAAGCUGUUACACGCCGAGAAUAUUGCAGCAGAAUGGAAAAACAGAGUAAGCAAGGUUGAAGAAGACAACGCAAAAGUAAGACGUGUUCUUGAGCAGAGCAUGACUAGGCUCAAUAGAAUGUCAGUAGACUCCGAUCAUCUCGUUGAUAGGCGUAUUGUUAUCAAGUUACUGGUUACAUUCUUCCAAAAGAAUCACAGUAAAGAGGUAUUGGACUUAAUGGUGCGAAUGCUGGGAUUCUCAGAGGAAGAUAAACAGCGAAUAGGAUUGGCACAACAAGGAGCCGCCGGCAAAGGUGUUGUUAGAGGCGUAUUAGGCUUCCCGGGCCGCUUAGUCGGUGGCAUCUUAGGUGGUGGUGGUGGUGGUGGUUCGCCGGAUUCACAUCCUAAUAUAGCUUCAGAUAAUCAGUCUUUUGCAGAUAUGUGGGUUGAUUUUCUUCUUAAAGACGCGGAAGAGCGAGAGAGAAGAGAAGCAGAAGAAGCAGCAAUCAAAAACCAAGAGAAGACUAGUACUACGAUGCAGAGACCAAGUUAUGACCAAUCUGAUUCGGAGUUUUCAACGGUGCCUCUUACAUCAUCGGAUAGUAAUCAAAGGCUCUCGAGAUUACUCGCUUGA